AUGUCGAUGACUGCAAAUCAGAAUCAUGAUGAUGCAUCAUCUAGUGGUAACAUCAAGACUUGUGACAAGGAUAAUGUGAGACCUUGGUCAGAUCUUAACCAUGAUGUGCUUUCAUUAGUUAUGAUGCAACUGGGAUUUUUUGAUUUUUUUGCAUUUUGUGGAGUUUGCAAGUCAAUGAGGUCAGUGGCACUCGCUAACAGGAAAAGGUUUAUGGUGUCAAAACCACCCAUGUUAAUGCGUAUCUCUAAUACUACUACUCAUAGUUAUAAUGAUAAGGAAUGCUGCUUAGAGGAUUAUGAAGGAAGAAAGUUCAAAACCAUACUACGCAAUUCUGUUUGCAGCACCCUUGUAGGAUCAACCUGUGAUGUAGACAGUAAUUGUAUAUGGUAUUCUAUCGCGGGUGAGGGAGAAUGGAAUCGUGUCUCCUCCACUUUUAACAUCUAUAAUUUAUAUGUUUUCAAGAAGAAGAUAUAUACCAUAUGCUCUGAUGCCAAUUCAUGGAAAGUAAGACAUUUACGUGAACUCACACUCAAUCCUAAGCCUGAACUGACGUUGGUGGAAACCAAGAAUUUUCUGAAUGAAGCCAUAUAUUCUUCGUUGCUGCUUGUUGAAGAUACAAGAGAAGAACAUGAACCUGCAAUCUUUCUUAGCAACUAUGCAGUCUAUGGUGCUGCUGUUAAGCCAGAGUCGUGGGCUGACUCUGGGUCACAACACAUACACCAUAGAUUUGUUAGACAUAGCAGGUUCUUUACUGCUAAUCAAUGGUAUUUCCCACAUGAAUGUUUGAAUGUUAAUCUCUUAGAUGAGUCCUGA